AUGACCAGGCUGGCGGCCCAGGAAUGCGACAGCGCGGUGGUGGUAGACGGGCAGGAUCGCUUCAUCGGGACGGUGCAUUUGGCGGAUGUGCCGGCUAGCGGGGUGGCGCACUCCAGCGUCGCCUCCGUCAUGUGGGACUCCUGCGCCAUCGUGGAGCCGGAUACCCGCCUCGAACGGCUGAUUCCCCUCGCCAUCGACGGCGACGCCCCCAUCGCUGUCCUGGACGACGGCCGGUGCAUCGGCACCAUCAGCCGUGAGGCGGUAAUGGCCGCCCUCGUAGGCGACGAUGGAGUAGCGACGUGA